AUUCGUACGUUUCCGCGUGCGUCUCGACGCAACGCGCCGGAAGGCGUGUGUGCACUGCGUCUCCGCCGUCAAUGCAAACGAAGUAAGAGGCACCGAGAGUCAAAGCUAAAAUCCGCAUUCAAGACAAGAUGGCAGGGUUGCCCCGCAGGAUCAUUAAGGAAACACAGCGUUUGUUGGCAGAGCCGGUGCCAGGUAUAAAGGCAGAGCCAGAUGAGGGGAACGCUCGCUACUUCCAUGUGGUCAUCGCCGGACCUCAAGACUCCCCCUUUGAGGGAGGAACUUUUAAACUUGAACUCUUUCUUCCUGAAGAAUAUCCCAUGGCAGCUCCGAAAGUACGCUUCAUGACCAAAAUAUAUCACCCCAAUGUAGACAAGCUGGGAAGAAUAUGUCUAGAUAUUUUGAAAGAUAAGUGGUCUCCAGCCUUGCAGAUCCGCACAGUGCUGCUAUCAAUCCAGGCAUUACUAAGCGCUCCCAACCCUGAUGAUCCUCUAGCAAAUGACGUCGCAGAGCAGUGGAAGACUAACGAAGCUCAAGCCAUAGAGACAGCCCGAACAUGGACCAGGCUUUAUGCCGGAAACAAUAUUGAAGUCUAGAAAUGUAUGUGGGGAGACAAAAAGAGAAAGAAAAAAAAGGAAGUCAAGAGUGAAAACAACUCCAUGUUCUGCCAAGACCUAUUCAUUUUCAUGUAAAGGACACAGUCUUAGGAAACAAAAAAAUUAUGAUAAACUGUAAAGAAUAUAUUAACACAAAAGUAAAAAAGAAAACUUCAGACAAUUUGUGAUUUAAAUGCACAUUAGUACAAAAAAUGUCUUUGUCCUGAUUCACUGCUGUUGAGAUGCAUGGGCAGAUGAUCUACUCAUACGGCUUUCUUUUACAGUGGUUGAGGAGGUAGCCGCAGUCUUCUGCUAUGAAGCGUGCAUUAAAACUGACUGUCAUUUGUCUGUCCCUUUUGUUUUUGUUUUUGUUUGUUUGUUUUUUUUGUGGGAGGGGGGUAACUUUUUAUAUUUCUUUUAACCUAUUUUCUUCUCAUUGCUCUUUUUUAUUAUUAUUAAUGAGGAGCAGCAGACUAGCCCCCGUUUAGAGCACCUUUUCUGUCAAACUGCAUACUUACCCUGAUAGAAAACCUAGCAAAAAAAGUGUAAGUUCACUAAAACGGAAAAGAGACGCCAGAUUUAAACCACAUGCAAACCGUAAUUUCACCUGGGAAAUGGUUCAACUGGAAAGUCGUUCCACCAUCACAGAAACUGUUAAGGAUGUAAACCCUAAUGUAGACUUGAUUUAUGUUUUGGACUACGGGCAAGGUAGAGCUAGAGUGAAGGGAGAAUUUGCGUAAUACUACUUUUAGUAUAACAAUUCUGUUAAUGUAUCCGGUUUUAGUGUUUUGUUUUAUCUAUCUUGCCAUCGCUGUACUAAUUGCACUCUUGAAACUCCAUCAUUGCGUGCUUUUUAUUUUCUUGUGUCCAUCACAGUCCAGUGCAUCAAGAUUCAUUUGUCUGUUUCUUCCCUUAAGCAUUUAUUUUGAAACGCCAUGGUUGCAGGGGGGGCUGGAGACGAAUGAUGAAUUGUGAGAUUUUAGUAAAGGGGUGAGGGGUGGGAAUGUUUGCAGAAACAUUGCAAAAGAUCAAUAAAGGCUUUGUCUCAAUUUCCAUGAUUGGUCUUUGGUUAAAACAUUAAUUUCAACCGUGUUUGUAAGUUCCUGCUUUCUAUAGAAAGGGGAAAAAGAUCCUGCUUUUUAAAAUGUGAUGACAACAGUCCACACACAUAUUUCUGUUCUUUCUGU